AUGGGCAAAUCGCAAUCCAAAUCAGCCCAUGAAAGUAGUAGCCAUCUAGAACCCAAACCCGUGAAAAAAAAGAAACAACCUCAUCAGAAUCCGUCCACGGAUAACUUACUGGAUGGUCAAUUGGAAAGCUCGAACUCGAUCCAGAAUCUAUCCACCUCCUCGAAUAGAUCUAAUAAAUCUCAAUCGAUGGCAUCAUCCAUUUAUAGUACAUUUGGCUCUUACAUAGACGAACGAAUGUUUAAAUGCAUAGGCGGAAGGAAAUUUAUGAUUUCGGAAGAUGCCAGGUACAUGCUGCCUUUUGACGACGAUGGUACCAUCACUUUCAUUAAAAUUUGCUUAUCAAAGGGCUAUCUGCUAUUUCCGUCUAACCAUUCCUCCCUCCUCCCCCAAGAGCACGCAAGGUUACAAUUACAACACUUCACACUCCGGCAUAUCUGGGAAAGUAACUUUUCGGCCCCGAUUCACGAGCUAUUACAAGUUCCCGGAACAAAAGUCCUGGAUGUCGGUUGUGCAACAGGUACGUGGACACUGGAAAUGGCAACAGAAUAUCCGCUUGCAAAAUUCACAGGAAUAGACAUAAUACCGAUUUAUCCAUCUGAAAUAAAGCCGAAAAACGUUGAAUUUGAAAUUGCAAACAUAUUAAACAGAUUACCUUACGAAGAUGGAACAUUUGAUUUCGUGUUUAUGAGGUCGAUGUCUCUGACCUUUACAACUCAAGAAUGGGAGGAAGUGGUCAUAAGUGAACUGAUUCGAGUGCUGAAACCCGGGGGAUGGAUUGAAAUCAUGGAAAGUGAUCCAUUGUGGUUCGGCGCGGGUCCCGCUACCGAAUUCCUCAAUCGAGUUG